AUGUUUGUCAUUGAAACCGAGAUCACCACCAGUGCGGCGGCGGCAGAUCUAACCACUCAUUCGCUUAAGGGAGGAUCCUUGGAAGCCUUAAAAUGCGCGGUCUGCGAGUCCCACCACAACUUCCACCGCAAGAAGAUCGAUGGCGAGACUGCCGUCGAGAAUUACUUAUGGACCAAAUGCCCACCUCCGCGGCGCCGAGACCUAAUGGGGCUGAACACUGUAGGGUUGGCGACUCCAACCCAGAAAGACCCAUUGGGCAAAUUUUUCAUCUUCUGCUCCCUCCGCCUCAUCUUUUUACCCGGAUGGUCGACAUGUCCGAUCUCGUCCAGUAUCUCUUCCGGAUAA